AUGUCGAAUAAGUUGUUUAAUGAAUUAUUUACUACUCUCGAUUGUCUACAAGAAAUAUUGAAUCCAAACAGAAUACAUAUUUGUUAUUGUCUUGGUAGUACUGAUGCAAAUAAAUCAAGUUUAAUUAAUAGCAUUUGUGAAAAAGAAGUAUGCAAAGUUAGUAAUGAUCAAAUGGCUGAUGGAGAAAAUUUUCAAAUUUUACCAGUAGCAGAAGUAAACGCUACUUUCGUUGACAUAAUAGGAUUUGGUUCACAAACAGAUGACUCUUCUUUGGUAGAAAGACUCAAAGAACAAAUGCAAACAGUUUCGUUUCCUGAUGUUGUCAUUGUAGUUAUCACAAGAGAAGAAUUGAUAAAUACAAAAUCUCUGAAGAACACUAUGGAUAACGUCAAUAACGUUCUAAAUUGGAUGAAAAAAGAAUGUUACAAUACUGAGAUACCCGUUAUAUGUGUACUCAACAAAUUCGAUGAAUAUUUCAACAAUGAAUUACCUAACUCGGAUGCUGAUGUAAAAAAAGUCGAAAAAUAUACUAGAAAGACUUUACAAUUAGUAAAUAAAUAUUUGGUUAUUCCAACUACUAAAUGUAUUCCUGUAUCAGUUACGAAAAAUUAUGGCAUCAAUCAACUUCGAUUGAGUAUUAAUGCUGUAUCACCGCUCAAUGCACAAAUUAUUGAUAAAAAUCUUGAUUAUAUUAGCCAAUAUCGACGAUCAAUUGCCAAUAAAAUUAUAGCUGCUUUCUGUGCAGCUUCUGCAGCAGUAUCUUUUCUUCCCAUUGCCGAUAUUAUAAUUGUAUCUUUUUUUCAAGAAUGGAUGUAUCUGAUGUUGGUUUGUUUUUCAGUUGAUCCCAGUCGAACACCAGACUCGUUCAAAGCGGUAAAUCAUAUUCACCAAGGAUCAAGUUUAGCGAUUCAUACAGACACACUUUUUGUUGGGGGUGUAUUUCAAUUAAUUCGUGUCGGCUAUUUGAUCGAUUCAGGUAUUUGUGUAUUUGCAGGUGCAAUGUCAACAGCUACUGUUGGAUGGGCGUGUUAUUUUUACUUUGUUGACUAG